AUGAUGUGCGCUAUUAGCCCAAAAGUUGAAGACCAGGCUCAGCGGCGUACAAAAUGUGAGCUGGCUGAGCAUUCCAUCUAUGAUUUUCAAGUUGAAACCUUAAACGGUUCGCAGACCAAUUUGGCCCAAUUUCGCGACAAAGUUGUUUUGCUUAUCAAUGUCGCUACUUACUGUGCCUAUACCCAUCAGUACAAUGAUUUCAAUCCAAUGCUUGAAAAGAAUUCGAAUGGAAGUCUUAUAAUCCUUGCUUUUCCAUGCAAUCAAUUCCAUUUGCAAGAGCCUGCGGAAAAUCACGAGCUGUUAAAUGGUUUAAAAUACGUGCGCCCGGGACACGGCUGGGAGCCGCAUCACAACAUGCACAUUUUUGGCAAACUUGAAGUGAACGGUGAUAAUAAUCAUCCGCUCUAUGAAUUUCUGAAGGAACACUGCCCGCAGACAGUGCCAGUAAUUGGAAAACGUGAUGAACUGAUGUAUGAUCCCAUCCGUGUUCGAGACAUCACUUGGAAUUUUGAAAAAUUCUUGAUUGACAAGAAGGGUCGUCCCCGAUAUCGAUUCCAUCCUACUGCCUGGGUGAAAGGAACCGCCGUGCAGCCGUUUAUUGAUGAACUCGAAAAUGAGCAUGAUUAA